AUGAAACCUAAUGGUAAUGCGAAAGUUAAGCUUGAUAUCGGUCAGGAAGUUAAGGAAGGAUCAGAACAAUUAUUGAGGCAGGAUAACGACGAAGUCGAUGUUGGUGAUGAAAACAUCAUAGAUGAAGAAAACAGUGAUCAGGCAGAACUUCAACGUACACCACGAAGUAGCGGGGACGAUGAGGACAUGAUAGUGAUAGAGGAAGAUGCACCUGGCCCUUCCGACUCCAAUAGAAGCGUGCUGUUUUAUGGUGCAGAUCACGCAGCAUUCCAUUUACCGACAAAUCUUGAAAUUCGUGAAGGUGUUGACUACCAGUGUCCAGUGCAGGACUGGACAACGGAAGAUGAUUAUUACGAUGAUACAGAACGUGAAACUUGCGUUUGGCGACCAACAGAUCUCUUGGAAGUUGCUGAUAUUAAUGACUACCUUUCCAUUGCACUUUCAAGCUUCAAUAUUGAACAAGACCGGGCGAUGUUUAUCUUGCAAUCAUCAGAUUAUAAUAUUGAAGAAGCUAAACAUCAACUUGCCAAACGACGAAUCAAAAAAGAGCCAUGGAAUGAGGAAGACACAGCUAUUUUCAAGCAAGCAUUACAAACAUAUGGAAAGCAUUUUAAUAAAAUCAAACAGCUGUUACCACAUAAAUCAAUAAAAGAAAUUAUCAACUUCUAUUAUGACAAUAAGAAGAAGCUAAAUUUUCGAAGUAUUAUUGAUGCAUACUUGGAAGAACACAAUCCCGAGUCCAGUUCUGAAGACGGCGAUAUUGAUGCUAUAGAGAAACAAAGCACUCGAUGUUACAACUGUGGACAAAUUUUAAAUUUGCGUCAGAUGGGUGACAUAAAACUUUGCAACCCCUGUUUUAUCCACUUUAGAAAUUAUCAUCGUCACAGACUAUGCCUGAAAACAAUGAAUUUUGUUGUGAAUGCUAAUGCUGAAGAAACUAUUAAAUGUUCUAAAGGUAUAGCGGAAGUUGUGGAACGAUUUGUGGAAUUUGCAACUGAGGAAGAGGUUACUGCACAGUCAUCAUCAUCAUCUAUGAAAGGCGUUACUGAAGUAGAUGACGAUGAUUUGCAAAUUGUCAGCAUUAUUCGACCACCAGAAAUGCGAUACAUACGGAUUUUAAAACAACUGGAACGGGAAGAAAUGCUUGCACGAGGAAAUUGUGUAAGACUGGAACAUAUAUUACGAAUUCAAUUUGAAAAGGAAUUAAAUGAAAAUUUGGAACGUUAUCGAAUUAGUCGACUUCCGUCUGCAACUUCUGGUCGUCCUCGACGUUCUCCAUCAUGGUCCUACAAAGAAAAGUGGCAGGCUUUAUUUGCAUUUCAACGAUAUGGAAAAGAUUUUGAUACUAUUGCGGAAGUGCUGGAAAGUAAGACGCCAGAUAUGGUGAAAGCUUUUUAUUAUGAAAUGCGAGAGCAAAUUGACGAUAUGAUCAGCAAAACCAGCGAAUAUUAUCGCAGACUAUCUGAAACUUAUGAUUUUAAACGAAAGGUCGAAGUUGAUACAUCAAACGAGAUUAUUGAUAUCGAAUAG